GCGAAGGCGGAGGAGGAGGAAGGAGGAGGGAAGGCGCCUUUGCUCCUCUACCGGGUCUCCUGGGGAGCAGCCUCCCCCUACCCCUCCUCCGCCAUGGCCUCGGAGGGGAAAAGGGAGCCCGAUAACGAGGGCGGCAUCAAGUUAUCAGCAGAUGUCAAACCGUUUGUCCCAAAAUAUGCUGUGCUUAAUGUGGCAUGGUCAGAAUCCUCAGACGCAUGUGUCUUCCCUAACUUCGCAACUACAUGCUAUCCAUUUGUUCAGGAACUACCUGUGACUGAACAGAAGGCUUAUACCGAAGAUGUCUCUCUUGGAUCUUCUUCACCUUUCUCAUCUCAAUAUUCAUCUCCUGAUAUUGCUGUUGAUCACCAGUGCACCUCUUCUCAUUCAUCUGUGUCUACACAAAAUGUUUGUUCAGUACCUGGCUCACAGUAUGAUUAUAACCACCCUAAAUGUUAUAGUAAUGUGCGAAUAGUUAAAUCCAGAAAUGAACAAAUUUGUUCUCUCCCACAAGAAACUAAAAGCCUAUUUAAGAAAAGAACAACAUGUAAUGAGCAAAAAUUAAACAAUAAAGGGACUGAAGGAAAUUCAUCCUCUGCUAUAAAACCAGCUAAAGGUUGCCAUCAGAUUUAUACCUACACUGAAGGUGGUUCAAAAUCAGAGGUUUGUCAUAAACGUGCAGACAGGAGACCUAAAACCAGCCGAAAAAAUGUGUCUUCUUCCAAACCUGAAUUUGAACUUAAGCUGUUGGAUUUUCCUAAACUGCAAGGCUCUCAGAACAGUGACAUACCUGAAGUACAAAAGCAACCCAAGUGGGGACCUUUGAGCUCCACUGCUAAUGAUAUAUCCCUCAUAAGAGAAGUAGUGAAACCUACAUCAAAGGAAGAAUUAGUUGUGAAAGCUGAAACAGCUACAUCUGAGCCUGAGAAUGACACCAAUUCCCCCUCUUCUACAAGAGAGCUAUCUUGGACACCAAUGGGUUAUGUUGUUCGGCCAACAACCACUGAAGCACCAGCCCUUAAAAAUGUUACUUCACUGGUAAACACAAAGAAAAGUGGUUCAUCAGUAACCCCUAAGAAACUUAUUGCAUCAUUCUCAUCUCCUGAAGUUCUAACUACCAAUGCUUACAACAAAGAAAAACAAAUAGCUUGGAAUUCUAAAAAGACAAAAACCAACAAUGUGUGUGAAAUUGACAAGGAAGAAAUGAGAAAGAACAAGAAAAAGAAAAAUAAGCCUAAAGCAAAUUAUGAAACUCUUAUGGUCCAGGAGCCACCAAGAAUUGAAGAUAUUGAAGAGUUUCCUAAUCUGACAGUUGCUUCUGAAAGAAAAAACAAACUGGAGCCAUCAAAAUGUUUAUCUAAACACCAACCAGAGAGUUCUGAAGAAAUUGUUAACCAUAUACUGACUUCUGACAGAAGAAAUGGACCACAGUCAUCAAAAUUUCACUCUAAACAGCAAUCAGAGACUACUUCAAAAAAGUUUGGGAAGAAAAGUCAAAUUCCAGUGAAGUUGGAUUUGGGAGGAAUGCUGGCUGCAUUGGAAAAAAAGCAGCAUUCGCAGAAUUCAAAACAGUCUUCCAAACCUAUUGUAGUUUCUGUUGGUGCAGUACCAGUACUUUCCAAAGAAUUAGCAACAUCAGUGAAAAAUCACCGGUUAAAUCAAAUGAUGUCUCCUCACAAUCCAUUGGAUUCCAGUUCUCCAUUAAUAAAGAAAGGCAAGCAAAGGGAAGUCCCAAAGGCCAAAAAGCCAACAUCCCUGAAGAAGAUUAUUUUGAAAGAGCGAGAAGAGAGAAAACAGAAACAUCUCUUAGAACAGCUUACAGUUCCAGCAUUUGCUCAGAAGAUUCAGCAAGAUUUGGCGAAUAAUAUUAAUAAUAAAUCAGCUGACCAGGUUGCCCAGCCAGAUUUUGAGCAAAUAGAAGAAACAGAAGAAUCAGUCCCUAACUCUUCUACUGUUGAAGUGGAAAACACAUUAGAAGAACCCCUAGGUGAACGCCAACAGGAUGCAGAAGUUUGCCCCAUUGUUACACAGCCAGUUCCUCCUUUUCCAAAGAUCCACAGUAGGAGAUUUAGAGAUUACUGCAGUCAGAUGCUUAGUAAAGAGGUUGAUGAUUGUGUGAUGGAUCUUUUAAAAGAACUGGUUCGCUUUCAAGAUCGGAUGUAUCAGAAAGAUCCAGUAAAGGCAAAGACCAAACGCCGGCUUGUGAUGGGACUCAGAGAAGUGCUCAAACAUCUGAAACUCAAAAAACUAAAAUGUGUUAUUAUUUCUCCAAACUGUGAAAAGAGCAAAUCAAAAGGUGGGUUGGAUGAGACAUUGCAUACCAUUAUCGAUUAUGCCUGUGAACAGAAUGUGCCAUUUGUGUUUGCUCUCAACCGAAAAGCUCUGGGGCGGAGUGUAAACAAAGUAGUACCAGUCAGUGUGGUAGGAAUUUUCAGCUAUGAUGGUGCACAGGAUCAAUUUCGCAAGAUGAUAGAGCUUACGAUGGAAGCCAGACAGGCAUAUAAGGUUAUGUUAGCCACUUUAAAAGAAGGAGCUGAAGCACUAGACAUGGAGAAUCCUCUACCCCCCUCGCUUCCUCCACAGGGCCAGAGUUGCUCUUCAGAACUUAGUAAAACAACUGACACAACAAAAGAGGAAGAACCAAAUUACAUUAAAAUCUGGAAGAAAAAUCUUGAAGAAUAUAAUCCGUAUGCACUGGAACUAGAGAAGACUUCAACCACUGAAAUGCUGAACUUGAAUUUAUGAGAAAAGUAUACUUGUUUUGGGGUGGAGGGGUAGGGAAAAGAUGAUCAUUUUGUGGUCUCCCCUUUUCUCCUCAAUCCUUUAUGAAUGUUUUAAAAUAUUUUGUAUGAAUAUUUAAUUUCAAAAUUAAUUGAUGAUUUAAUACAGUAUUUGUUGAUAAAUGAUAUAAUAAGCACCAAGCUCUUAAUACUUUACAAUGGACAGUAAGUUAACAGUUACUAAUACUUUUUUCCAAAGCCUUUUAUGUAAAAUAGGCUUUAUUGAUUUGAGAAGUGUGGGGUAUAUUGUAGAUCUGAGAAGUACUAGAAAACAAGAGACUUGUUAAUUCUCAGCUGCUAAAGCAGCUCCUUUUUUACUCUCCAAAGACAAAUUUAUAGAUAAGUAAACCAAGUUAUUUAGUUUUCAGAGAACUGGCUAUUUUGUGGACAGACAUUAUGCUGAUCAUGAUAAUUUUUAGCAGUAAGAAAAAAAAAAGACCACCCCAAAUCUUAACUCUCUCUUUGCUAUGAAACUUCAUUUCAUCUCUGUUCUUUACUAGGAACCAGUGCAGCUAAGGCUUUUCCUCCUCCAUUAUUGCUGUUGGUUUUUUAGUAGAGCAUAGUGUAGUGAAUGUACUGAAGAGCUCAAGGAUUAAGAAAAAUUACAGUAUUCCAUGAGGGUCCUGGGAAUUUACCAGUUUAAAUGUAAAAGCUGUUGAGGAUGUUUAGAAAAGUUGCUGUGAAGAGCUUCAGAAGGAAUAAUGCUUUUUUAACCCACUGUCUUAUGUAAAUUUUAUAACUUUUAGUCUUUUUUUUUAAUCAACAUAGUAUAGGGUAUAAAAGAAACUUAAGUUAAAAAUCUCACAUUGGCUUGAUAAUAUCUAAAAAAAAUUAAGUCAAAGAGAAAAGAUGAAAAUUGAUUUCCUUUGGUCUUUAAGUUGGAAGAGGAAUAUACUACCUUUUCUUAAUUUAUCAUUGUCUGGAGAUUAUUUAACUUGAAUUUGGAAAGUGGGGGUGGGAGACAUAACAUAAUCUCAAAGAAGAUGGAGUUUGUUCCUGUACUAAUAUUUUGAAAUGGGGAAUAAUUUUGAGUAACUCCUAAAAUAUCUUCCUAAGUAGGGCUGAUUGAAUUUGACUUCAAUUAACUUUGCUAUUUAUGUUUCACCAAAUUAAGGAUAGUGUAAAAUUUUAAUACAUACUCUGCAUAUCAAACUAAUAGAACAUUUUUAGCUUUCAAAAUAUGUUUAGUUGAAACAGAUCAUGCCAUAGGGAAAAAGGUCACAUGAAGAGCUAAUUUUUUUAAAGGAAAAAAAAAAAUGAAGCUAAAAUGGGUUCUCCUAUCUGUGCUGAGAUCAGCAGUCAUGUAUGGUGCUGUGCUUUGUGCUCUAACCUUUAAAACAAGUUACUUGUAGAAUAUCGGGCAAUACUUAGAGAAAAGGCAAGUCAGUCUGCUGUUGACAGGCUCCAUAGAUUGGCAUUAGAGCUUCUCUCUUUGUCUCUAUUUUGGCUAAUCACAUUGUAUAGAGAAGUUUCUUUCAGUUUUUUUUUCCCCUCUCAUCAGUGUGGCCGAAGAAUAAGUCAUACUGACCUAAUGUAGAUAAAUAUAGAAGAUAAUUCUGAAAGACUAGACAGGAAACAUAAUUUGCUUUAUCGUAAGGAAGAUUUAAUAUCGAAUAAUCAUCUCCCAAGUAAUCAUAAGCAUCUUUGGCAUACCUUAAGCCACAUUAUUCCUUGAAACCCGAUAUUCUGUAAUUUAAAAACUAAAAUGAUACUUUGAAACAUCUUUACUGUUGUCUAGAAACAAGCUCCUGCUGUUAACUCCCUUUUUUUUUAAGUUUCUAGGCCCAUGUUAUUAACUAUUAUAGUAACUUUUUUUAAACCUCAAACUUAGAAUAAUAUACUUUGUAAGACUCAAAAUAACUUUCCCACUCAAUUGUACAAAACCCCGUUCAGUUAGGGUUGUUCCUUUUUGGUUUCAUGGCAGUAAUAAUCAGGGAAAAUAGUUGAGGAAUGGACCAGGAUUUUGCCAAGAAUAAACAUAAAAUAAUUUACCAUGUACAUGGUGUUAAUUACUCUAAGAUAUAUAAUGGGUGCAGCUUUCUAUAUAAAAUACAUGCAUGUAACAAGAGGUGAUCUAUUAUUUUUUUUUUACUCUUAACAAUGCAGCAUACCAAAAAAUCAUCCUUUAAUGAAACUUCAGAACAGAUAUAUAUAUAAUUCCAUAAGCUAUAUGCUGAUUUUCAUAGUGUAGAAGUACACUAUAGACAGUUCAAUCAAGAUGAAUUUUGUAGUUUAAAAAAAAAGCCUGAUUCCUUACAGAACAUCAUUAAUUCACUUGUCAUGUAUUCUAUAUAUCAUGUUCCAUGCCCAUAAUAAAAACUAUAGGAACCACUAAAGAACCUUUACAAAUUUUUUGACAGAAUGCCAGAAAGGGCCACAAUAGGAGCCUCUUAAACAGUUUCUCUCAGAGUAAACAAGUCAUUAAAUCUUGAUUAAGUCAGGGCUGGUACUGUGAAAAUCAGAGCACAGUGACACACUCUGGGGCACAUACUACAGAUGGCUAACCUAGGGUUAAAUCAUGGUUUACUUUGAAUAAAAAUUCUUAAUCCUGUGAUAUGUUCUGGUACAGUUCUCUGUUCCUUACUGGACAUGCAAAAUGUCUUAGUGAACUAAAGCUUAUCAACAGAAAACAAGGUUUUGUUGUGAAUUUACACACAACUAAAGUAAAACAGUAUGGAAAUAUUAAGAACCACAAUUAAGCAUUAGUUUGAGUAUUUGAAUUAUAUGGUAAAAAUACCUUUGAUUUAACAUAAACACAGAUCCUGUACUAGACUUGUUUAAAAUGUCCUAAUACCAAAAAAAUGAACUAUUUUAAGAUGAAAUUGGGACCCUAAUACAAUAUAUAAAAUUUAAGAAUAAAAACCUUGUCACUUUUAUCUUUUCAAGGUAUGUGCACAGGCUAUAUCCAUAAAUGAUUCACUAAAAAUUGAAAUAUAAGAAAGCAUGAACUGUCACAAGACUGCUGUGAAAACCAGUAAAAGAUUUUCAUGUUUAAAAAUAAUACUAAGGAGAACAUAGACUUUAUGAAGGCGUAAACCACCAUCUAUUACAAAAUAGUAUAGAAAUAGAUCAUAGGUGAUCACAUUGUCCACCUUCAUUUUCCAAAAUGAUGAUGGGAUUUUAUAUGUUCCUGUACUAGUGAACACAACAUGAAUUUCCAUGCCUUAAGAGAAAACAAUGUUCAAAUUGUGAAUAUUUCAUUAGUAACUGGUUUAUUUUUUAAAAGAAAUUUCAAAAUAGUGACAAAAAUCUUGCUCUAAUUUCUCCAUUUUCGGUUGCUUUUGAAGAACUGAUUUCCAGCUUUAAGCCAUGUGAAAUCUUUCUUGAAGUAUGGUUAGAAUAGAAGGAGCUUUAACUUCCAUGGUUUUUCAUCAGUUUUUCUCCAGCUUCUUGUUUGAAUAGGUGUCCGUAUUACAGCUUUCCUGAAAGAAAAUCAAGCUUGAUUUUUCCCUUGAAUCUGUACGCAAGCUGAUCUCUUGUGAAGAAACUGGUAUUUUAUAAUAGGAUUUAGGGCUUACUGCUUAGGAUCUGGUUCUCUCUCAGGAGAUGAAAGGAGAAAAUACAAAGAAAAAGAUUUCUAGUACGUCAAGUGGUAUGAGAUUACUCUCUAAGGAGGUCAUUGUUGGUUAUUGCCAGAAAUGUGGACCAUUAGAAAAGGUAGUAUACUUCCUAUCUUAUUAUUGCUACUUUUGAAGAUGAAUUCUCUCCAGACCUGAAGGUAUUAUUUCAUAUUUGCCAGUUGUAAUUUUUUUUUUACCAGCUUUGGUGCAGCUCCAAGUGGAGUAGGGGGCAAGGCAUUUGUGCACCAUGGGUAGGUUUUAAAAAUUGCAUUCCAUUUGUGUUUCCAGCCACCAGCUUUGAAUCAUGGGAUUUGAAGUUUUAGCUCUAAAAAGGACAUUUUGAGAUAAUCUAGACAUGUGAGGAAACUUCACGUUGUGCAACUUAUCACAAAAUAAACAUGCCCAUUAAA